AUGGAGCAGCCCCACAGUUUCAUACGAUCACAAACACCUAAUCAUGUGUGCCUCCUCAAGAAAUCUCUUUAUGGUCUUCGACAAGCUCCUCGUGCAUGGUUUGAUAAGUUUAGUACCUUCUUACUUGAAAAUGGUUUUGUCUGCAGCUCCACUGAUCCCUCUCUGUUUAUUCUUCGUAAUGGACAAGACACUGUACUUCUCUUACUGUAUGUGGAUGAUAUUGUCUUAACUGGGAGCUCACCCUCAUUACUUUCGAGUUUAAUUCAUUCUCUAAGCCUUCAAUUUCACAUGAAAGAUCCAGGAUAUCUUCACUACUUCCUUGGCAUUGAAGCUAAACGCAACUCUACUGAUCUGUUUCUCUGUCAAACCAAAUAUGCAAUCGAUCUUCUUACUCGAGCUCAAAUGAUUGAUUGUAAACCAAUCUCUACUCCACUAUCUCAGAGACCAUAUAUCCUGCAAUCUGAUUCCAUUCCCUUAUCUAAUCCUCUUGAAUAUCGAAGUCUUGUUGGUGGUCUUCAAUAUCUAACAUUGACUCAUCCUGAUAUUGCCUAUGCUACAAACAUGUUAUGCCAGAAAAUGCAGCAACCAACUAUUGCAGACUUUAAUAACUUAAAGAGGGUUCUGCGUUAUGUUAAAGGAACUAUCAGCUGUGGUAUUUUUCUCCACUCUCGAAGUUCCAAACAACUCUAUGGUUUUUCAGAUGCAGACUGGGCUGGUUGCACAGAGACUAGAAGAUCCACAACUGGCUUCUGUACAUUUCUCGGCUCUAAUCUCAUUUCUUGGACAGCAAAGAAACAACCUACUGUAAGUCGAUCUUCUACUGAAGCAGAAUAUCGUGCCCUUGCCUCUGCAACUGCUGAGCUGACAUGGGUCAGCUUUGUUCUUCGUGAUAUUGGUCUGUCACUUUCUUCACCAACUCGUUUAUUCUGUGAUAAUCAGUCUGCUAUUGCUCUUACUGCUAAUCCCAUUUUACAUGCCCGCACCAAACACAUCGAAGUUGACUUUCAUUUUGUACGAGAGAAGGUUGCUUCGGCUCUCUCAAUGUGUGUUAUAUUCCAAGCGCUCACCAGCUUGCUGAUAUUUUUACAAAACCUAUCUCACGGUUCGCUCAUUUUGACAUUCGUACCAAAUUGGGAAUUGGUACUUUACCCCUUCCCAAUUUGCGGGGAUGUUAAAGCAUAUAAGCCAAAGUCAAAAACAAAUGCUGGAGAUCAAGAGCCGAGCUUGAAUGGAAACAAGGAAGAUGAAGUAAAGAAGUUCAAAUUAAAGUCAAAGAUAGAUACGAUGUACGGGAGUUAA